CCACAUUCUGUUCUUCGCAGCCACACAUACAACCUCAGUCAGACACACACCAGGAUGUCUCGCAGUGAGUAGCAAAUUUACUUCUUUAUUUAACCAAUCUUGUGGGUAGUGACUGGCAUUGAAAUCCGAAAGAGUUAGCCUCAUUUGUUUCAUUUCUCAUAGAAGUACCCACAAAUGUCAUUAGUUAGAAUUGACAAAAAAUAAUAUUUAGUGCAGCUAAAGAAUUCAUAUUGCCUUACCUGUAUUCAAGCAAAUGUGUUUUCAUUUUUAAGGAUCUAUGACCAUGGGUUUAAGAAGAACAGACGAUGGGGAGACUAAUACUUCUCAGAUAAUUGGAUAGAGUGGAAGAGAGGGGUAAUAUGUCCCCCAGUCUUGAUGGUGUAGCUUAAUGGUUGUAUAUUAAUUGCUACUCUUAACCUACCCUCCUCCCCCCCAAUACAUUUCCUUAUUUCCAUUUUGGAAUUCAUAUGGUUUGAAGCAUGCUCUCUAUGGAACUCCAAAUUAUUUAGUAUAUUAUGAAAAGCCCUCCAGACUUUGAGUUGUGUUUUUUGGGGGUUCCUACACUGAUGCUUAUGGCACUGGAAUCAUAUUACAAUGAAUGCAUUCUCCGAUGUCCAAUAGCCUUCUAAUUUAACAUUAACUUGGCACUGUAGAAGUAGUGUUGGUGAGUAAGUAGGAUAUUGGAUUCGAUGCUGGAUUGGCCAGGUGAUGGCAUAGAGUGACACUACUUUAUAAAGAGAUUACAUUGUAGCAUUUUAAUAGUACAUGAGUUUUGGGACAUAACAUUUCACCCACUAUGUGCUUUAUAAGUCUUUUUCACAGCUGGCUCUGAAGAGAUUAAACCAUUUGUAUAGGCUUUGCCUAAUCUAAAUGGUAUACCAUUGGUAUUAGUUAGAAAUCCAGGAAGUAAUAUUAUUUCGGUAGAUAACAGUAAUAAUGUCAAGCUAAAUAAUGAGUAAUGCUAUUCUUGUAAAUGUGAAUCAAAAGUGAUUUGUUAACUCAGAAAAGUGUCAAUAUGAUAUUAAAGGUUUUUGCAGACAUCAUAAUAGGAUUAAAAGUUUUAAAGGGCAGAUCACGUUUUCAAAUAUUGUACUGCACACGGUAUGUGACAUCUUCUGUACAUUACUUAGAAUAAUACACAGACGAUGACACAUACCGUACAGUACAGUUUUACUGCCACCGUGCAGUGCCUAGUCCCUAGUUUAAGGGCAGCACUGGGGCGUACAUGUUCUGGUCUACCUGAGUUUAGUGGGAUUUAAAGGAACACUCCAAUGUUAGAAACCCAUAUUCAGUUUUAAUGUUUGGAUUGUUCCUUAAACCAUAUGCAUGAAGGCGACUCCCACAUACAACAAAAAUAUAAAUAUUGCUAAUGUUCUUUAUCCAGCGGCGAGACAUUGCUAAAGCAAAAUGGCUUGUUUAGGGGUCUGGAGUGUCCCUUUAAGCUCCGGGAGAGCAGCUGAUAUAUGAAGAUGCUACCAUUUUAAUUCAGUCCUCUUUUGAUAAUCCUGUGUACAGAGAGGAGCUUGAGGAGAGAGAAUUUGCAUUAUUUUAUAUCUCCAGCUACUCUGCUACCAUAUCACUAUUGGGCAAUAGGAGAAUUAAAUGUGACAACUGCAAGUAGCAAUUGCGGCUCAGAAGCAUAGCCAGAUAUGAAUGUCCGGUGCUGCCACAAACCUUAAAGGAACCCUAACACCACCAACCCUAACAUUAUUUCUAGACUCAAUCAUAACACAAACCCUAACUAGAACUACAACAUAUUAACCAUAGCCCUAAUACACACUCUUUUUAAUAUAUAUAUUAUAAGCAUGAACUAGGAGACAUUAUCAUAGAAGAGAAAAGGUUAUCCAAUGACAUUAUUGUCUAAUAAUACAUGGCUCGAUUUUAUGUAUCCUCUCGUUUUCUCCGACUUACCACGAGUGUUACAUAGAAAAGAUGUAUUGUGUUUGAGGCACAAAAAUAUAUUGUUUUUAGGUAAGACUGGGAGUUUUUUCCAAAUCGUCCAAAUAAUUCAGAUUACAGAGCCAAAGCAACUCUAGGUUUUAUCAAAGUCCUGAAGCACUAAUUAGGCAAGAGUUAAGUAUGUUUUUAAACCUGUUUUUUUUUCUUCUUUUUAUAAUUUUAUUGGUUGAUAUUUUGAGGGUUUUUGUUCAGGCAUGUUGUGUGCUUAUUUAUGUAAAUAUAUGUGGAUGUAUCUUAGCGUAGACAGAAAAAUAGUAUAUGAUGAUAAAAAUACACACAGACAAAAAUCUAUAUUUAUUUUUUUCAAGAAAGGAAACUGAUGUUUGAUGCGGCUGAUAUAUAUCUUUAACCCACAGAUAUUAUAAGGGGGUCACAAGCACACACACAUGCUAUUUUUAACACUUAUAUUUUAAUGUGCUACGCAAUUGCCCUGCCUAUUUUAUAUAUUAUUUAAACCUCUCACAUAUUUAUAAUGUUUAUUUAAUAAACAAUUAAGGAAAACGCAUCUAAGUAGGGAGAAAAAAAACUCACAACCAAAGUUAAUCAAUUUAAUAUUAAUGGCAAUUUUAAAUUUUAAGAAUUAUUUAAAAAGUAAAAUUAGGUUAAAAUAGGAAAUUCUGGUGAAGUGAAAAAUGUAUGUAAUUCAAAAGCUGUAGUGUCAUUUUAACAAGUCAGGUCUUUCUCGAACAUUUGAAAAAUCUGAUAAAGAGUUCUGCACAAUCUGAAACUGAGAGUCGUUACUAUGCGUCUUCUUUCUUACUAUUGGUGGGAAAUUCUACUCUGUUUUUCAGCAGUAGUACCCAUCUAUGAUUAAUGUAGUGGUUUUGGAAAAAAGUGACAAGAUCAUGUGCCAGAAACAGAAAGUGUUUCGUUAACCUCUCCUGUACUGGCUUAAAAAAAGAACAAAAGAGAUUAUGUAUUACUGAAAUUGAUUCCUGCUGCAAGGAGAGACAGCAAUUUAACACAAGAGGGGCUGGGGUUGUGUUACACCCACACUGAACUCAGGUACAAAACAACACCUCCUAACAUUUUAAAUGGCCACUUUAAUUUCAUUGGUAUUGCUGGGGGUUUGUCCAGGGCCGGGACUGUUCUGAGAACAUUUUGGUGUUCUAAACUAAUAAUAAUUUAUGCAAUUAAAACAUUAUUUAGAACAAUCUAUCACAUAGAAACGUAGAAUGUGACGGCAGAUAAGAACCAUUCGGCCCAUCUAGUCUGCCCAAUUUUCUAAAUACUUUCAUUAGUCCUUGACCUUAUCUUAUAGUUAGGAUAGCCUUAUGCCUAUCCCACGCAUGCUUAACCCCUUAAGGACCAAACUUCUGGAAUAAAAGGGAAUCAUGACAUGUCACACAUGUCAUGUGUCCUUAAGGGGUUAAACUCCCUCACUGUGUUUACCUCUACCACUUCAGCUGGAAGGCUAUUCCAUGCAUCCACUACCCUCUCAGUAAAGUAAUACUUCCUGAUAUUAUUUUUAAACCUUUGUCCCUCUAAUUUAAGACAAUGUCCUCUUGUUGUGGUAGUUUUUCUUCUUUUAAAUAUAGUCUCCUCCUUUACUGUGUUUAUUCCCUUUAUGUAUUUAAAUGUUUUCUUCAUAUCGCCCCUGUCUCGUCUUUCCUCCAAGCUAUACAUGAUAAGAAUAGAAUUACACAGAUUUAUUUCUAAACACAUUUAUAGGAGUUUAAAGAGACAUUUCUGUGAGUAUUAUUUCUGUGGAGCUCUGUUAGACACUCAGACACACCAACAAUAAGGAUGUCCUUGAACAGAGGGACAUGGCAUAGAAAAGAGGCACAGGACUUUUGGCCAUUUUGCCAUUAGGAUUGUUUUUCAUAGUAAAAGCCAAAACAAUUCUGGAAAAUACCACAAAUGUGAAAUAUAUUACCACAAUGUCGAUCCAAGCAGAAAUCAGAUUGUAGCAAAAGAGGAUUUUUUUUCCUUACACAAGAGCUUCAAGUUAGCUUUUUGUUUUCAUUUGGAUCAGUGCCACAACCGAGCUGUGUAAAAAAGUCUAACAGUUUUUUAACUUAUUUUGUGACUCAGUGUGGUGAGGUGGGACCAUCCAAAUAUGCAAAACAUCAAUCCAUGAUUCUUACUAAGUGACCAUUUAUUUGCACAGACAUGUAGAAGACCCAAGUAUUUUGUUGACUGAUUUCCUGUAUUACCAACUUGGCAUUCCAGACAUCAGAUACACAGAGGUGGCUCUCUUGUUAGACGACUUAGGAGGCUGCCUAAGGCAUCGCGCUCACUGGGGCCUUGUGGCAGCCUGACACAUGUGAACAUGCCAUGGUUGGCCAUGGGCAGAGGCCUGCAUGGGAGUUCAAAGGAUCACCUAUGCAUGGCUGACAAUAAAAAAUUGCCAUCUCAAAGAAGGAGCAGUAACACUUUCCAGCCGGUGGGGAGAUCAAAGCUCUCCCUCACUGGCCAGCCCAGACAUAGGGGCACAAAAGGCUUUUGCAAGUGUAUUGAAGAAGUGGGGUAGCAAACAUGACCUGCACCUGUGGGAGAUGCAGACCAAAUUACUAGAUCAACGGACCUCCUUUGACAAGCAUCCCACCUUCCCAAGCCAAGGUGAGCAAGAGGGGAGGGGUAAGAUAUAUUUUUUUCAUAAUGCCCCUACCUCUACUGCAAAAACUACAGCUGCUAUCCUCCCCUGCACCCACUAUCUCCUGUAUAACCUCUACAGCCCAUAUUCCCCCUACUCCCACUACAGUCCGUACAGCCACAAAAACCUCUCUACACCCGCUAGAGGCCCUACAUCCACUACAGCCCUUAUCCCUACUCCCUGCACUCACUACAGCCUCAAAUAUUCCUGCAUAGACUACAGCCCUUGUCCCUACAGCCUCUAUCCCCGUGCACACAUUACACUGGCUAUCCACACACAAACACACUACAGUCCCUAUCACACCGAACGACAGACCCUAUGCACCCAGCAUCUACUAUUGCCAUUAUCCCCAUGACAUGCACAUAUUGCAGCCUCUAUAUCCCUCACACACACUAUGCACACAAUCCCAUAAGCACCAUCCUCACACAUGAAAUUUCACAUACAGUCUCUCUACACACACAACUUCACCAGCAGCAGCUCCCACAUGCACAACCCCACAAGUAGCUUCAAAACAUGUACAACGCCGCAGCCCAGUCCUCCUUUUUCCCUCGUGUCUCACUUAUGAAGACAACAGAAACAAGUCACCAGCAAACACAGUGUCUCAUUAAAUUGCUUUGAGACACUGUAUGAACUAAAACUACAUUUUAGCAGUGUAUAUUCUGCCUUUUCUGCUGCUUAAUGCAACCUCUAGUGACUGUCAUUCGGAUAGGUCACUGGAGGGAUUUUCUGGGUUCGGUCCUGCAAAGAAGAACUUUUAGCGUCUCGAAUCUCUGGAUGGAGACCCUGAACGCUCUCUAUAGAUGCGCUAAUUCAAUGCAUCUCUAUAUGUUGAUUUGCCACAGCACAGCGAUUGCUGCAUAAGCACUAGCCUCCGAAUACUUUCCUAGGGGGAAUCAUUUGAUUGGCUGAUAUCAUCAGUACUGUGUAAAAAACUGGCACACUGGGGGAAUAAAGGUAAGUAAAUCUUCUUUAUCAAUUACUUGUUAGGAGCUCAAUAUUCCAAAAAGGUAGGCAAAAACUAUAGCGUACAGGACAGAUACUAUUAACAUUUUUUUGAUUCAUAUUGGGGGUGCCCUGCUGAGCCAGGUAAGGUUAGAAGGCUCACUUAGAUUUGGACUAUAGAUAACUAUUAUUAUUAUUACUAUUUUAUAUUUAUAUAGCGCCAUCAGAUUCCGUAGCGCUGUACAAUGAACGAUAUUACAAUAGCGCUUUUAUGACUAACUUUAAAUCAAGGAUCAUGAAAUUUGGGGUUGCUGAGCUGGCUGAGAAAUGUGAUCUAAACAGCGUGGUAUGAAACCAAAAUAUGACCGUGCCGACUCUCAGUUUCUUUAUGUGAGAUCUCAACAGUCAUUACAGACCUUCCCAUCAUCUAUAUAUCAGAUUAUUCAAACUAUUCUUAAUUUUCUAAAAAGCCCCAUAACGGUUUAGUUCAACUGAAACACAUCACCAGUGUUUCUACUUUGAAAUUAACUAGAGAUAUAUUGUAAAGGAAAACCAUUUCAUAGCCUGCCUGUCACUAUACACUUUCUUUCGUAAUUUUUGGGGGAUUAACUUUUACCCAUUUAUUGCGCUAGCAGAUCUGCUAACAAAUUAAGUGAGUUUUCAUUAAAUGUUAAAAGAUAUGAUAUGUAGAACUUAACAACAAGAAUUGACUGAUGGUAGAGUAAUAGAAUAUAUCUACAGUUGGUCAACCUGCACUGCUGUAUAGUAGCUGUGCAUUCCUCUGGCUUUGCUGGGAAAAUUAGGAACAGAGGGAGAGAUGUUUUGGUGCCAGUGCGUAAUAAAAUCAGAGUUAAGGCAUCCUUGGGUGGUAAGUAUUCCCGAGCAGAGUAAACGGGUUAUUGUUUUGUUGAAUCCAUGAACCUGUAUUAGUUAAACCCAUUAACCUUGUGUAAUGACAAGUCUAUGGGAGGAGGUAAUGCAAAGAAGUAAUGCAUUUGCAUCUCCUAAAGCAAUUAAAUAUAUUUCUCACUAUAAUAAUAGACAUAUUAAUUUCUACAGGACAUGCUAUAUGUUAAAGUGAACCUGUUAUGACAAGUCCAUCUUAAGUACAGUAAAGAAAUGGAAUGUGAAAAAAAAAAAAAAAGUCAGGUCAGGGUAACAUGGGAAAAAUGGUGUUAUAAGGUCAAACCAAACCUGAGUAACCAAACAUUUUUUUAAUGUGUUAGAUUAGACAUAAUACAAUAAUAUAUGCAAUCAAAAUAUAUAAAACAAAAACGAACCGAUUCUGAUCUAAUAAUUCUACAGCAUACACAAAGUUAUGUGAAAAGUAGCUAAACACACCCACAGCCUUUCAUAGGAAAAUUACUCAGAAUGUCUGAUAUAAUACGCUAUGUUGUUUUUAAUUCACGUGGUCAAGAAAAGGAUGUGUAAGCUCAAAAUUGCACGUGGUUUCGUAUUCUCUUCCAAUAUAUAUAUAUAUAUUUUUUUUUAUCAGAUGGUCAAACAAUAAUCUUUCAUAUAAACAAAUCUCUUUUUUUAUUUAUUUUUAAAUUGUGAUGGGAAAGGUCAAUGCCCAAAAAUAUAGGUAGACAAAAAUGCAUUAUGGCUGUGGGGUAGGCAGAAAGGCAUGUCUACUUCUGGGGAGGGAGGGAUGAGGUAAUCCCAAGUAUCAGUGCUAUUUCACAUGAAUGUGAUUGGUGCUCAUCCUGAAUGCUGACUAAAUAUUGUAUUCUACACAAUUUAUUUAAAACCUGCUUGGAGUGAAGCUACCAUUUUCUGUUUUUAAUGUGUAUGGGAAAUGUAGUUCGAUUGUGGUGUUGAGCAAUGCAUGACUUCUGAUUAGGUAACAGGUCAGUGGUAAAAUGUGUGUGGUGAAUGCCAGUGGUGGAGACUAGCUGCCCACCAUCUUAAAAUUGUAUCAGUCACCACUGGUAUGUAAAUUUCACAGCAUUUAGAAAAAAAAAACAAAGCUUGAUCCACACAUCUAGACUUAACCUAGUGUUAUCAUCAGUGGACCAAAAGUGUGUGAAUGUGCCAAAUUGAAAGGCUUGGAGGGACAUUCAUUAACUGAUGGUAUAUGCUGUCUAUGGAAUACAUUUUUUAUUUUAUAUUUUUGAUUUUCCAAGCUAUGCUUUAUUCCUCAACUCCUAACUCAUAAGAACCAUAAAACUAACGUGUGACUUUGUCAUGGUGCCUGCCAGCCACAUUCCUAUUUCAGGAGGUCCGGUAACAGGUUUUACAGUUUUUUAAAAAUUAUUUCCAUUUGUUAACUUAAGUUCUGCGUGUUGGGUCUUAGACUGUCUUGACAGACUCUAAACCUAAACUUAACCCCUAUCCAUCCAUAAACCUAGACCUAAGUGCGAACUCAAAAUCCAGCUAUGACUCCUUUACCUAACAUUAACUCUGUGCCUAAUCACAAUGCUACCCUGAAUUCAUCACCCUAGCCUUGUCAUGACUCCAAAUCCUUUCUCCUAAUUCCUUCCUAGCCCUGAGUUUUCAUCCUGAUACUUUUCCCAACCCCUAAUUCUAAUGACCCCAAUAGAAUUGUCUCCAAAAUGUACAAUGUUGAAAACACAAACUUCUGAGGUGAUUUGGUUUUAUGAUGAAUUAAGAAAUGACAGCAUUACUAGAAUACAAAGCAUUGAAAAUAAUAAAUAUUUUAGGUAGGAGAGUAUUGGGAAAGAUGGUGUUGUGUCAGAAUAUGUAAUGACUAACUUAUUUUGUUUUUGUUUUCAUGUUUAGAUAUGUUGCGCUUCACCUUAACAAUUUCAAGCCUGUUGGUUAUAUCACAGGUGAGUAAAAGCACAAAAUGGCGCAUCUUGCGAACCUAUUUCCUCUUUACUUUUUUGUCUAUCCAUAACAUUAUUAAAGUGAUACGCUUAGCACCAAAACAACUUUAGCUUUAUGAGGCAGUUUUUGUGUAUAGAUCAUGUCCCUGCAGUCAGAUUACGCAGCCCUAGCAACAUCUUCUCUGGCUGUGACUGACACAGGAAUCACACACAGGAGGCUCCUGCAGGCUCUAAUAGGCUAUAAACAGAACACACACAUUCUAGAUUAAACAGACUUUCUAGCCAGCACUAGCAGCUUGUUAUACAUACACUGUGGUAACCAUGCAUAAAGAUCAGAAGGACUGCCUGUGGGUGGUCUCUUUUGCUCUCCUUUGUCAAUCAAUUGUUUGGCAUAGAAUCUGUGGCAAAAAAUUGAUUGACAAGUAGAAGAAAUACUUAUUUUUAAAUAGGCAUUUCUCCCAAUCUAUACAUUACCUAACAAAACUGCUAUCACAAUGUACAUGUAUGGAAUUUGAUGCUCUUUAAAAAGAGCAAAAGUAUUGUUGAGCAACAAUAUCCAGCAACUUCGUACAGCCAUUGAAGAGGAGUGGACCAACAUUCCACAGGCCACAAUCAACAACCUGAUCAACUCUAUGCGAAGGAGAUGUGUUGCACUGCGUGAGGCAAAUGUAGUCACACCAGAUACUGACUGGUCUUCUGACCUCACCGAUACAGUAAAACUGCACAUUUUAGAGUGGCCUUUUAUUGUGGCCAGCCUAAGGCACACGUGUGCAAUAAUCAUGCUGUCUAAUCAGCAUCUUGAUAUGCCACACCUGUGAGGUGGAUGGAUUAUCUCGGCAAAGGUGAAGUGCUCACCAACACAGAUUUAGACAGAUUUGUGAACAAUAUUUGAGAGAAAUAGGUCUUUUGUGUAAAUAGAAAAAGUCUUAGAUCUUUGAGUUCAGCUCAUGAAAAAUGGGGGCAAAAACAAAAUUGUUGCGUUUAUAAUUUUGUUCAGUGUAUAUAUGAAACCUACAUAUUUAAAAUGUUGCAAAAGAUAAGUUAAAAUAAAAAAAAUACCUAAUAGAUAUAUCAAUAAAAAAAUAUACCUUCAAACUUCAGGCACUUACCUCACCAGAAAGUUCCACGAAUCAAGGGCCUCUCAUUCUGAUAACUUAUUAUGUUAUCCCAUAAAUCUUUAUCCACUAUUGGUUUAAGGGAUAAGUAGUUUAUACCCCAGCUCUAGUUCCACUGAUCAUACAAAAUGAGUGCUACUGCUUUACAAACUGAUAGUGUCAGGGUCUUACCCCACAACCUGAAGCCUACCUUGUCCUUCCGCGCCACGUCUCUGAUCCUCCUAGGUUCACAAUUCCAGCUCGUUGUCUGCAGCGUCAGAUGGUAGAGUUAGGGCUCUAUUUUCUUAUGGCGCCCCAGUGUCUUGCAGUGAUGCAUGGUGUCUAUUCACAUGGACGCUGUUACAAGUGAACAGGCUCUGGCAGCAUUCUCCAAGGCAGGGCUCCCCCUUAUAGAACUCUAGGAGUGCAUGGGCCGAAUGCGGCAGGCUUUCGAGGGGAAGAGUAGGGGAGGCUGUGGGAAUGACACCAAAAUUGGUCUUUCAGCCAGCUUUACUAAUACUAAUUUAAAAAAAAUAAUAUUAGUAGAAGAUGGAAUUUUUUAUAUUGUCAGGAUAUUUUUUUUUUAUUUUUUUUUGCAUUAUGGUCUUUUUUUUGGUUAUGGUCUUUUUUUAUUUUGUUAGUUUGGAUUUUGGUUUGGCCUUUUUUGGAGCUAAAAAAAAAGAUUUAAGAAAAACAUAUAAUGGUAAGUAUAAAUGUUUUAUUUUACAGGUAUUUUAUUUCCCUCUCACUAGUUCGGCACCCAUUAGUUUGUUUGCUCGUUCGGCUCCCCACUUGAUAUUCUGACGAAUGGAUGAAAAUGCUGAUUUUUGUCUGAAAAUCCAUUUGUCCAAAUACGAAUGCCCAUUCAGUUGUAAUUUGCUCCCUGUUAUGUGAACAAGCUGCCUAGUUGUUAUUCCUAUUUCCUAUCUGGUAUUUAACCUGUGCUUUGACCUCUUCGCCUAAGAACCUUUGCUGUCCGAACUGAUAAUCUGCUAUGUAUUUGACAACAUGCCUGUCUUGUCCUUGCUGGCACCUUACUUUGGCUUCAUUUUCUUAUAAUCCAUUUUUGCAUUCUGGAUUCCAAACAUUACAAGACUGGCAGUUAGCCACCAUACUACAGCUACUAUCAGUUUCCACACAGUCCAGGUUUACAGUUUUGUUAACUAGGCUGUGUGCAGCUUUUGGCAUAUCCACUUUAACACAAUAACUCUCACUCUCAGAACCUUUUUAGAGCCACAGCGCAAUGUACAGAGCAACAGUUAGGCGUGUUGCUCAAUCUUAAACUACACACCAAUACCUAAAUAUACAUACACAGUGUAAUACAAAGAUAGGACUGUCACAUUAGGAACAAGUACAACUUUUACAAAACAGGAUAUUAAAGAGUUGAAACAAAUAUGUCUAUCUCAGAAAAAUGUCUUUGGUCCCACUUGCAACACCCACGGUAACAUCAAAACAAUCUAUUAUAUAACACAAAAUCAUCUUACAUAUGUGGGUGACAACCGCCAGGGUUUGGUUGUUGAUAAGGAACUCAGUUACAUGGGAACAGCACUCUGAGUUGUUAAACUGAAUGAAAAUUGUUUAACACCUCAAGGUGAGAUUGCAUCUAGACACUAAUUCUAAUUUUUACUUUUUCCUCUUCAUAACCUACACAUAGUCAAAUUUGUAUCUUCUUACUCAUUUGGUAAAGCAAAAGAUAUGGAGCAAGGAAUCAGACUAUGAUUUUAGAAAGGCACGCCAUGCAAAGGCAGCCCUUUCAAUAGAUAAACUUUUAGUUUUAACAUCUAUUUUUAGUAUUUUGUGUGUUAGAUAUAAAAGGGCCGGUGCAAUGAUUAUUGGCUGCACAGGCAAAAACAGAUUUUGACGCCCGCCCCAACUGCCUUCCCCACACACUCUGGUUCCCUGGGUACUGAUAGGCAUGCAAUACCACCUCCCCUGCUGCUGGAAACUCCUACAAGAAACAUAGAAACAUAGAAUGUGAUGGCAUAAGAACCAUUCGGCCCAUCUAGUCUGCCCAAUUUUCUAAAUACUUUCAUUAGUCCCUGGUCUUAUCUUAUAGUUAGAAUAGCCUUAUGCUUAUCCCAUGCAUGCUUAAAUUCCUUUACUGUGUUAACCUCUACCACUUCAGCUGGAAGGCUAUUCCAUGCAUCCACUACCCUCUUAGUAAAGUAAUACUUCCUGAUAUUAUUUUUAAACCUUUGUCCCUCUAAUUUAAGACUAUGUCCUCUUGUUGUGGUAGUUUUUCUUCUUUUAAAUAUAGUCUCCUCAUUUAUUGUGUUGAUUCCCUUUAUGUAUUUAUAUGUUUCUAUCAUAUCCCCCCUGUCUCGUUUUUCCUCCAAGCUAUACAUGUUAAGAUCCUUUAACCUUUCCUGGUAAGUUUUAUCCCGCAAUCCAUGAACCAGUUUAGUAGCCCUUCUCUGAACUCUCUCUAAGGUAUCAAUAUCCUUCUGAAGAUACGGUCUCCAGUACUGAGAACAAUACUCCAAGUGAGGUCUCACCAGUAUUCUGUAAAAUGGCAUGAGCACUUCCCUCUUUCUACUGCUAAUACCUCUCGCUAUACAACCAAACAUUCUUCUAGCAUUUCCUGCUGCUCUAUUACAUUGUCUGCCUACCUUUAAGUCAUCAGAAAUAAUCACCCCUAAAUCCCUUUCCUCAGAUGUUGAGGUUAGGACUCUAUCAAAUAUUCUGUACUCUGCCCUUGGGUUUUUACGUCCAAGAUGCAUUAUCUUGCACUUAUCCACAUUAAAUGUCAGUUGCCACAAUUCUGACCAUUUUUCUAGUUUACCUAAAUCAUUUGCCAUUUGGCUUAUCCCUCCUGGAACAUCAACCCUGUUACAUAUCUUAGUAUCAUCAGCAAAAAGACAUACCUUACCAUCAAGACCUUCUGCAAUAUAACGAAUAAAAAUAUUAAAGAGAAUGGGUCCAAGUACAGAUCCCUGAGGUACCACACUGGUGACAAGCCCAAGCUUCGAAUAUACUCCAUUGACUACAACCCUCUGUUGCCUGUCAUUCAGCCACUGCCUUACCCAUUUAAUAAUAUUGGAAUCCAAACUUAAAGAUUGCAGUAUCUUGAUAAGCAUUCUAUGUGCAACUCUCUGGUUAGUGCCACUGACCUACGCCCAACCACGCAUCAGCUUGCUCGCUUCGCUCAUUGGUUAACAUUGCUCGGCUGAAACUCAUAACCAAUGGCCGAGUUCAUAGAUGGCUGGUCUUAGUUCAAUGGCAGUAUAUUCUGGCUCAUGAAAAUGAACCCCCUCCCUAAGCAAUAUUAGUCCUCACAUAGUCUGCACACUCACAUAUACACACCUAUAGACAAACUCAUAUAUGCAAAAAAACACACAAACACACAGACUCAGACUUACAAUUAUGCAUUCAGGACAUGCACACUUACAGUAAGACAUUUAUACUCUGACACACACAGACAACACACUCACUUUCCCAGACCCAGAUACCCACUCACAUUCACACACCCAGAUAUCCACUCACAUUCACUGACCCAGAUAUCCACUCACAUCCACAGACCCAGAAACCCACUCACAUUCAGAGACCUAGAUACCCACUCACAUUCAGAGACCCAGAUCCCCACUCACAUUCACACACCCAGAUACCCACUCACUUUCACAGACCAAGAUACCCACUCACUUUAACUCUUGGAGGCACAACAUAGGUGGUCCACCCUCAAUCCUUGUAGCUCCUCAGCAUAUAAUGCACACCGAGCUUCUGUUGCUGAGAGCUACUAAUUCCUUGCUGCUCUAUAUACCAUUCCUCACUGUAACAGUAAGUAUGUGUGGUGUAGCAGCUCCUACCUGAAGGGAGUUGGACCCUUCAGCCUUCGAGGUGGGAGCUUGUUUCCAACUCCCAAAAGAAGAGACUGAGAUAGGUUAACUAAAGCAGUGCACCCAAAAUCAGACCCUAUACCCUAAAUAAAACUGUUCCACCGAUGUAUUGCAAAAAGCUGCCAGUAUUGGAGCAUGAAAAGAACUAACUACAGUAUAUAUAAAUCUUUAUUAAUCCCUCUUGAGGGAAAUUGAACUAAAAUAAAUGGAGUGAAAAAAGUGUGUAUACAGUGAUAAGACUUAAAAAUAGGAUCAUCAAUUGAUCUAUCCAAACAACAGCACUCACACAGUAUGAAUGUCUCUUGGCUACUAUUAGAGAUAAAAUAUUAGCGUGAGCUUGUUGUAGGUAGCUUCUAAAUGACAAGUAGUCCGUAAUCAACUAGACGUACUGAGGAGUGUGGGCUGAGCUCUUGACAAAGGCGCAUGCUGGCGCCGAAACGCGCGUUGAGCAUAACGGAUACCAAUAUGUAUUUUAUUUAGGAUCACUAUCUACUUUAUUAAGAAAUUUGGUUUUGGGAUUUAAUUUAUCUUUGAGCUACUAGGGCUUGUCAUUCUUACUUUUAUUUAACCGUCUAGCCGCUCGUUUGGAAACCUGAGGCACCUUACUCAUAGGGAGAUUUUUGUUGCCACCAGUCAGCUAUGGGUAAUAACACUCCCCUGCAUUAUUAGACCUACUCAUUAUGCAGUUUUAAGCUGUCAUAGCCGUACGCUUGGGAAUCUGAGAUAUUUUCAUCCUAGGGUGCUGCGGGAGAUUUUCACUGCCACCGGUCGACCAUUUAUACCUUACAGUUGUUGACCUAGCAUAAUAUUCCCCUGCACUUUUAGACCUACUCAGUAUUCUGUGCUAAGACGUCGCUUGCUGUCAACAAGCCUUUAGUUACUUUUGGAUCUCUUUAUACGGAUGUACUAUGGGGACUCAGUAAGAGCUCUCUAGAUGCUUGGCUUUUGUGGCUUCUGUAUGAGCACUUGAGAUUCUUGAAUUCUGUCCGGCCGGACCAAUAAAUUACCCCGACGUUCCCUCCGUAUACUGUUCAAUCAACCGUGGCAUUGAGGAUUAGAUGGUGUGAACUGGGGUGAUAGGUGGUUUAUCGGCUAACAUUCCGACUAUAUCAUUAAUUCGGCUUACACUGCCGUUUACCUUCUACCUUCCCCCUAGUAUUCCUAUACUCUCAUUGCAUUGGGGAUUAGUUGAAGUAUUUUAAUUGGGGGGACAGUAUUAUUCGCCGACUAGUAUUGAGAUUAUAUCACUAGUUCGGCUUAUACUGCUCCCCAUAUACUCCUAUAAACCUUCUGCAAUACCCCCACCACCCCUGGUAUUAAAUUAAUUUGACUGUACCCAUUACGGACAACUUAAAUUAGUAGCAAUAUAUGUGCAAUUGUAAGCACAUCACUCAAUCAAGGUUCACGCUAAUAGUCUCUAUUCCAGUGGAUACAUUCUUAUUCUUUUCAGCCCACACUCUGUAUAGUUGGCUAAGGAUACUUUGUCCAUUUAUAAACUGUUUGUAACAGCUCCCUGUAGUUAUUCCAACACUAGCUACGAGGUAUGCAUAUUGUGUGAGCUCAGCCUACACUCCUCAGUAUGUCUAGCUGAUUACGGACUACUUGUCAUUUAGAAGCUACCUACUAGUUCACGCUAAUAUUUUAUCUCUAGUAAUAGCCAAGAGACAUUCAUACUGUGUGAGUGCUGUUGUUUGGAUAGAUCAAUUGAUGAUCCUAUUUUUAAAGGGACACUAUAGUCACCUGAACAACUUUAGCUUAAUGAAGCAGUUUUGAUAUAUAGAACAUUGAAAAAGAAAAUAGUGGCUAUAGAGCUGGAGACAAUCCAGUCCUAGAGCCAAAAAGAGGACUAUAGUGGGCAAAAAGAGAGGGCCUAACCCAACAGAGAAUUAUAGUAGAAGAAAUCCCAAAAGCUUAGGGUGUGUGGAGAGAAAAACACAAGUCUAUCUGCCACAACACCCACGGCUAAGGGUAUGCCCACAUUGGGGGUAUAGUGUCCCCUGGUGUGUAUCAAUCAAAAAGAUCAAAAAAGUGAUAAGAUAAAAUAAAAUAAAAAAUACUUUAUUGAAAAACGUAUAGAGACUAUAAAAAAUCACAGGGGGUCCAGGGUAGGGGGAUGGCCAGUGGUGUGUGAGGCUAUAGUAGCACAAUAGAAGGCAGCAAGGCAGAUACAAUAAAGGGUUGUUAUAUGGCAUUAAAUAUGAAACAAAGGAUAUCUAGGAGUUUAUGUGCUCCAAGUUGCAUAUCCUAGUAAAAUGUAUUAGUAUAACGUGUUUCAGAAAGGUCCUUAGUUAGAGUGUCUGCACCGGAUGUAGUCAAACUGCUAUUAUGGGAGUACCACACAAUGAGAUGACUCAAGUGUGGUUCCCUGAAGUUUGUGGCAAGCUAGAAAAACACCCGUUCAAUAGAAAGUAAAUGGGACGGGUAGAGGAUGCUGGUUACACUAGUGAGAUAAAACUGGGAUCAAUAAUAUAGUAUAUGUAAAUAAAGAGAGAAAUUCCUCUAAUAUAUAUAGAAAAAGAUACCCAGAUAGCUCAAUUCAUCUAGUUGGUAGUCAGCCCACCCAGUUCAGAAGUAAUAAGGUGCUUGCAAAAGCAGACAGGGUAGCAACAUUUAAAGUAUGUUGCUAAAAAGUAGCAAAAUAUUUACAAAUCUCAGUAUAAUUAAGUGUACCAUAGGGUUAUUUUGCAGGGAGAGAAGUUGCAAUAUAGCACUACUUUAAGUCCCAAAGAUCUGCCCCUGCCUUCAAAGUAAUAAGAUAAUAAAAAGCAAAAAGAGAAAGGAAGGGAGAACAACUCCCAGCCAGCAGGCACAUCACCCACAACAGCCCCCACCCCAUGCAAUGUAACUGUACAAAACUAAAUCGUUGAGAGAGAGAGAGCUACCUAGAAAUCUAAAUCCAGCAUAGUAGGUAAAAUAAAAAGGUACUAAAGUAAGGCUGGAUUAUAAACUAGCACUCAAGAGGGAAGAGUCCGUCUAGAUCUAAGUAAAACGUAGGAAGGUGACUAACUAGGCUGAACUACAGUCUAACUCAGCUAACUCCCAUAUCGAGAAAUGACUAGCUAGGCUAAGCUACAAACUGACUCAACUAGCUCAACGCGCGUUUCGGCGCUGUGUGGCGCCUUUUUCAAGAGCGGCAAGGAGAUCUCCCUGCCGUCAGGAUUUAAAUAGGGCUAGUGCCCGCCUCUCCCGUGACGUCAUGGCGGGACGUAUGAGGCCGCGUCACGGGAGGGGGGGGAGCCAAGGGAUGCUCUGGCCGGCAAUUAUGCCGGUUAGGGAAACAAUAGAAUCGAUGUAAAAAGAUGAAGAUCAUAACUCAAAACGGAUACCAUAGAGCAAAUCCUUGGAAGGUAAAACCUCAAACAGGAACAUUAUAUCGGAGAUAUAUGAUGAGGUUGAACAGUAUACGUAAAGCAUAAUCUGCUUUCGAUUAUGUCAUACAUAUAAAACAGUCAAAAAUGCCUGUCGUGGUUAAAAUUAAAUAUACACCAAUAGGGAUUGAAAAUUUGUAUUCAAGACUCUAUCUAAACAGUUGGUAUUAUUUAAAUUCUUAUUCAAUCAAAGGGAGGGGACACACACAGUAAAGAAGAAGAGAAUUACAUAUGGUGUAUAUAGACAUCAUAAGAAAGGGGAGAAAGAGAACCCCUCAUUCAGACCAUUAGGAUUCAGAGUCUUUAGCCGAUAGAUCCAAAAACAUUCUCUUUGUCUGAGGAAUCGGUCAUAAUCACCACGUCUAGGAUUCUUUUUUACCAGUUCUAAGCCGCAGAAGCGUAACCCCUUGGGGUCAUUGUUAUGAUAUUCGCGAAGGUGCCUAGAGAUAGGGGUUUCAGCCGAAUAUUUGCUAGAUCUAAUGUGUUCUUGUAUGCGUUUCUUAAAGGGGCGGAAUGUUUUGCCCACAUAUUUUUUAUUGCAUUCACAGGUAAGUAGAUAUACAAUCCCUGAUGUGUUGCAGUUGAAGAAGGAGGUUAUAGUAAAUGCCUCCUUCUCCAUACUGUCUUUGACUAUUUUGGAGUCCUUUUUCAUAAAUUUGCAUGAGAUGCACCUCCCGCAUCUAUAGGUACCGGUCAGGCGGGUCUGGAGCCAUGUUGUAGAAGAUGGAAUAUCUGUUUUAAGAUGACUUGGAGCUAGGAGGUCUCGUAAGUUUUUACCUCUCCGGGCCGUGAUGGAGACAUUGGGGGCCAGUACUUCUUGAAGGUGUUGAUCAUUAGUUAGCAGUGGCCAAUAUCGUCUGAGGGAACUUUUAAUAUUUUCCCAUCCUGCAUCGUAGGUGGCAAUUAGGCGUAUAUUAUUCUUAGAGGUCUCUGCUGGUUUGGGGGUAUCCCCGCUCAACAGGACAUUGCGAUCUGAGUCAAGUGCUCUCUGGUAUGCCCGUUUAAGGCACCUAUUAGGGUAACCUUUGGCUUUAAAAUGGCCUCUUAAUUCUUUAGCCUUUGUCUUGAAUUCAUCGAUGGUACUACAGUUACGUCGGACCCUAAGAUAUUGACCCGUCGGGAUACCCAUUUUGAGCGGUAUUGGAUGAAAACUGUCCCAUCUCAAAAGGUUAUUAGUUGCCGAGGGUUUACGAUAAAGGGUGGUAUGUAUUUUGUUUUCAGAUGUUAAGGAGAUCGUUACAUCUAAAAAGUUCAAGUUUUGACCCCCAAAUUCAUUCGUGAAUCUGAGGUUUUCAUCAUUAAUGUUCAAGAUACGUACGAACUCAUUAAACUCUUGUGAGUUCCCCAGCCACACUAUGAGCACGUCAUCAAUGUAGCGACGCCAAAGGAAAAUCAAGGGUAAAUAUUGGGAGAUUACUGGAUGUUGGAAUAGAUGUUCCUCCCACCAGCCUAGAUGGAGGUUGGCAUACGAUGGGGCACAAGCCGUCCCCAUCGCAGUCCCCCUGAUUUGAUGAUAGUACUUAUUUUUGAAUAGAAAGUAAUUAUGUGAAAGGAUAUAUUCAAGAAGCUCCAAACAGAAGGUGGUAUGUGCUGUAAAUCCCGGGCCUCGUUGUUCCAAAAAAUGGCGUAUAUGGCGAAUGCCAUUGGAGUGGGGAAUGGAUGAAUAGAGGGCUUCGAUAUCCAAGCUACAUAAUUUGGCCGAGGGAGGUACCUCCAGAUUCGCUAAGAGGGCCAGGGUCUGUUUGGUAUCCUGGAGGUAAGAGGGAAGUUUUUCAACGAAUGGUCGUAAGAUUUUGUCAAUAUAUAUACUACCAUUCUGUGUCAAAUUGUCUAUGCCUGAGACAAUGGGGCGGCCAGGGGGUAAGGUCAUACUUUUAUGUACUUUGGGUAAGCAGUAGAAGGUCGCUAUCCUCGGAUGGCAAUUGAGGAUGAAUGCAUAUUCAUCUCCUGAUAGCAGCCCUCUACUGCGGCCCCUGUCCAGAAUCUCCCUAUAUUUUAUAAGGAAGUCAUUCGUAGGGUCAGAUUUUAAAGUUUUGUAUGUAUUCUCAUCUUCCAACACUUUGAGAACCAUUGUAACAUAGUCUGUGAUAUCCAUCAUGACUAUGUUCCCGCCUUUGUCCGCAGGUUUCAAAAUAAUUUCUGUAUUGUUUCUCAGAGACUUAAGUGCCACUUGUUCCCUACUUGACAAGUUCAUAUUGGGGUGAAAAUCAAGGGAUCUACUGUCUAUUUUAUCAAUUUCGUUUUUCAUUGUUUCUAGGAAAAGAUCAAUAUUACGGUAGUUUCCCAAGUAUGGAGUAAAUUUACUUUUUAAUUUUAAAUCAGUGUAUUUAGAAGGGUCGGUUUCAUUGCUUUCUUCCCAUAGGUCCAUAAGGGUCAUAAGGCAUUCAUAUUCUCUAUUGGACAUGCCAUGGGAUUUAGCUUUCUUUUCUUUAUUAAUCUCAUGAAAUUUAUGUAGAGCAAGUUUCCGGGCAAAGAGAUGGAGAUCUUUUACCCACAUGAAUUUAUUUAAGGGGGGUACUGGUACAAAGGAGAGCCCUUUCUCUAGAAGUGAGAGAUGGUCAUUAUUCAAGAUCUGUUUUGAAAGGUUAAUGACUCUUUGAUCCGUUACUCGGCAGUUUUCUUGAGUCAAAAUCUUCUCCUUCCUGGUCUCCUGCCUCUGUUUCCUUCCCUGUCUCGUGUGGGGUAUCUGUUUUUUCGAGUUUGCAUACCAUCCAUGUGGCCCAUCUCUAAAAAAUUCACCCCUUUUUUAAGUAUUCCUUUCGGAUUAGUAUAUGUAGAUGUUGUUGAAGUUUGUAAUUGUUGGUCAGUUUGUGAUCCAUUAGAGUUGUCAUUGUCAGUAUCGGAGGACUCAUAAUCUGAUGUUAAGUAGUUAUUAGAGUUUGUCCUAACUCUACGGUUGAAAUGUUGAUAGACUCUGUUUGUUUGGUAGUCUUUUGAGUCUCUCACAAACUUUUGAUGUUUGCGUAUCUUAAUAUUAUUUUGAAAUUUAUCUAAAUUGGUUUUCAAUCUAGUUUCAAAAUGGGUGAAUUCUGGGUUAGACUGAUAUUGUUGUGCACUAACAAUCUCCUGUUCAAGGUUAAGGUUAACUUCAGAGAUUUUUGCUUUUUCAAAUUUUAUUAAGAUCUCCAUAAACCGCUUGGAACAUGCUCCGGCUGCAGAUUCCCAUUCUUGCAUUAAGUCAGUAUUGUCUGUGUAUGAGGAUGGUAGAUUACGAACCCUAAGGCCCCGUGGAAUCAUCUCCUUUUUGAUAUAGUUUUCAAGAGAUGACACCUCCCAGCUAGAUUUAAUUUGUUUUUGGUACAGAUUUUGCAAGUUAUUAAAUGCUUGAUUGAUAUCAGGAGUAGAGUUAGAGCAAGCUAAUUGCUCUACUGAGAACACAUUGUCCGAGUCAAUACACCAUAAGUUACUGUCUGGUUUAUUAGAUAAGAACCCUGUCAUGAUUGGUAUGUGUUGCUUAUAAUGGAUGUAUAGGUAGUAUAUAAAUGAUAGAGUCUAGAUAGUCCUGGUAUUAAAACCACACGAAAGUUAAUUGAAAAAGAAAAUAGUGGCUUUAGAGCUGGAGACAAUCCAGUCCUAGAGCCAAAAGAGGACUAUAGUGGGCAAAAAGAGAGGGCCUAACCCAACAGAGAAUUAUAGUAGAAGAAAUCCCAAAAGCUUAGGGUGUGUGGAGAGAAAAACACAAGUCUAUCUGCCACAACACCCACGGCUAAGGGUAUGCCCACAUUGGGGGUAUAGUGUCCCCUGGUGUGUAUCAAUCAAAAAGAUCAAAAAAGUGAUAAGAUAAAAUAAAAUAAAAAAUACUUAAGUAUUACUGGGCAGACUGAUACUGUAGUACCAUCGAUGAAUUCAAGACAAAGGCUAAAGAAUUAAGAGGCCAUUUUAAAGCCAAAGGUUACCCUAAUAGGUGCCUUAAACGGGCAUACCAGAGAGCACUUGACUCAGAUCGCAAUGUCCUGUUGAGCGGGGAUACCCCCAAACCAGCAGAGACCUCUAAGAAUAAUAUACGCCUAAUUGCCACCUACGAUGCAGGAUGGGAAAAUAUUAAAAGUUCCCUCAGACGAUAUUGGCCACUGCUAACUAAUGAUCAACACCUUCAAGAAGUACUGGCCCCCAAUGUCUCCAUCACGGCCCGGAGAGGUAAAAACUUACGAGACCUCCUAGCUCCAAGUCAUCUUAAAACAGAUAUUCCAUCUUCUACAACAUGGCUCCAGACCCGCCUGACCGGUACCUAUAGAUGCGGGAGGUGCAUCUCAUGCAAAUUUAUGAAAAAGGACUCCAAAAUAGUCAAAGACAGUAUGGAGAAGGAGGCAUUUACUAUAACCUCCUUCUUCAACUGCAACACAUCAGGGAUUGUAUAUCUACUUACCUGUGAAUGCAAUAAAAAAUAUGUGGGCAAAACAUUCCGCCCCUUUAAGAAACGCAUACAAGAACACAUUAGAUCUAGCAAAUAUUCGGCUGAAACCCCUAUCUCUAGGCACCUUCGCGAAUAUCAUAACAAUGACCCCAAGGGGUUACGCUUCUGCGGCUUAGAACUGGUAAAAAAGAAUCCUAGACGUGGUGAUUAUGACCGAUUCCUCAGACAAAGAGAAUGUUUUUGGAUCUAUCGGCUAAAGACUCUGAAUCCUAAUGGUCUGAAUGAGGGGUUCUCUUUCUCCCCUUUCUUAUGAUGUCUAUAUACACCAUAUGUAAUUCUCUUCUUCUUUACUGUGUGUGUCCCCUCCCUUUGAUUGAAUAAGAAUUUAAAUAAUACCAACUGUUUAGAUAGAGUCUUGAAUACAAAUUUUCAAUCCCUAUUGGUGUAUAUUUAAUUUUAACCACGACAGGCAUUUUUGACUGUUUUAUAUGUAUGACAUAAUCGAAAGCAGAUUAUGCUUUACGUAUACUGUUCAACCUCAUCAUAUAUCUCCGAUAUAAUGUUCCUGUUUGAGGUUUUACCUUCCAAGGAUUUGCUCUAUGGUAUCCGUUUUGAGUUAUGAUCUUCAUCUUUUUACAUCGAUUCUAUUGUUUCCCUAACCGGCAUAAUUGCCGGCCAGAGCAUCCCUUGGCUCCCCCCCCUCCCGUGACGCGGCCUCAUACGUCCCGCCAUGACGUCACGGGAGAGGCGGGCACUAGCCCUAUUUAAAUCCUGACGGCAGGGAGAUCUCCUUGCCGCUCUUGAAAAAGGCGCCACACAGCGCCGAAACGCGCGUUGAGCUAGUUGAGUCAGUUUGUAGCUUAGCCUAGCUAGUCAUUUCUCGAUAUGGGAGUUAGCUGAGUUAGACUGUAGUUCAGCCUAGUUAGUCACCUUCCUAUGUUUUACUUAGAUCUAGACGGACUCUUCCCUCUUGAGUGCUAGUUUAUAAUCCAGCCUUACUUUAGUACCUUUUUAUUUUACCUACUAUGCUGGAUUUAGAUUUCUAGGUAGCUCUCUCUCUCUCAACGAUUUAGUUUUGUACAGUUACAUUGCAUGGGGUGGGGGCUGUUGUGGGUGAUGUGCCUGCUGGCUGGGAGUUGUUCUCCCUUCCUUUCUCUUUUUGCUUUUUAUUACUUUGAAGGCAGGGGCAGAUCUUUGGGACUUAAAGUAGUGCUAUAUUGCAACUUCUCUCCCUGCAAAAUAACCCUAUGGUACACUUAAUUAUACUGAGAUUUGUAAAUAUUUUGCUACUUUUUAGCAACAUACUUUAAAUGUUGCUACCCUGUCUGCUUUUGCAAGCACCUUAUUACUUCUGAACUGGGUGGGCUGACUACCAACUAGAUGAAUUGAGCUAUCUGGGUAUCUUUUUCUAUAUAUAUUAGAGGAAUUUCUCUCUUUAUUUACAUAUACUAUAUUAUUGAUCCCAGUUUUAUCUCACUAGUGUAACCAGCAUCCUCUACCCGUCCCAUUUACUUUCUAUUGAACGGGUGUUUUUCUAGCUUGCCACAAACUUCAGGGAACCACACUUGAGUCAUCUCAUUGUGUGGUACUCCCAUAAUAGCAGUUUGACUACAUCCGGUGCAGACACUCUAACUAAGGACCUUUCUGAAACACGUUAUACUAAUACAUUUUACUAGGAUAUGCAACUUGGAGCACAUAAACUCCUAGAUAUCCUUUGUUUCAUAUUUAAUGCCAUAUAACAACCCUUUAUUGUAUCUGCCUUGCUGCCUUCUAUUGUGCUACUAUAGCCUCACACACCACUGGCCAUCCCCCUACCCUGGACUCCCUGUGAUUUUUUAUAGUCUCUAUACGUUUUUCAAUAAAGUAUUUUUUAUUUUAUUUUAUCUUAUCACUUUUUUGAUCUUUUUGAUUGAUACACACCAGGGGACACUAUACCCCCAAUGUGGGCAUACCCUUAGCCGUGGGUGUUGUGGCAGAUAGACUUGUGUUUUUCUCUCCACACACCCUAAGCUUUUGGGAUUUCUUCUACUAUUGAUAUAUAGAACAUGCCCCUGCAGCCUCACUGCUCAAUCCUCUGCCAUUUAGGAGUUUAAUCCCUUUAUUUAUGAACCCUAGUCACACCUCCCUGCAUGUGACUUGCACAGCCUUCCAUAAACACUUCCUGUAAAGAGAGCCCUAUUUAGGCUUUCUUUAUUGCAAGUUCUGUUUAAUUAAGAUUUUCUUAUCCCCUGCUCUAGCAAGAGCCUCCUGUAUGUGAUUAAAGAUCAAUUUAGAGAUUGAGAUACAAUUAUUUAAGGUAAAUUACAUCUGUUUGACAGUGAAACCAGUUUUUUUUUUUUCAUGCAGGCUCUGUCAAUCAUAGCCAGGGGAGGUGUGGCUAGGACUGCAUAAACAGAAACAAAAUGAUUUAACUCCUAAAUGACAGUGAAUUGAGCAGUGAAAUUGCAGGGAGAUGAUCUAUACACUAAAACUGCUUUAUUUAGCUAAAGUAAUUUAGGGGACUAUAGUGUUCCUUUAAAGUCUGGUCACUGUACACAAACUUUUUUCACUCCAUUUAUUUUAGUUCAAUUUCCCUCAAGAGGGAUUAAUAAAGAUUUAUAUGUACUGUAGUUAGUUCUUUUCAUGCUCCAAUACUGGCAGCUUUUUGCAAUACAUCGGUGGAGCAGUUUUAUUUAGGGUAUAGAGUCGGAUUUUGGGUGCACUGCUUUAGUUAACCCAUCUCAGUCUCUUCUUUUGCUAUUGUAGUUUUGGGUCAUGCCCUGAUACCCUUCAACCAAUAACAACUCCAGUGGAUUGACCAAUUUGGUCUUUUCACUGUUGUUGUACUAUUUGUUUCCCACUCCCUCGAGGUCUGAUCACACGUGCUGCAGUAUCACUAUGUAAUGGGAGGGCUUGCAGCCUCCAGGCUUCGAUGGUGUGCCGUACCAAUUCUGCUGUUCAAAACACUGGGAGUGUGAGUUAUGAGGGGCAGCUGCCGUGGGCUUACGGUAGCUGCUAAUUGUAUCCUUCAUCAAAGGACUCUAAUAACGGUGUACUGCCAAAAAUAUUUAAGAAAUCCAGGUCUCUGGCCACGUGCUAGAAAUUUUGUUUUUUGCGGCACCUUGCUGUGGCACCCUAAGGUGGCCGCCUGUGCCGCCUUAUGGAUGCACCGGCCCUGGAUAUAAAUUGCCGAGCACUUAUUUAAAUAGCAUAAACCAGUGUUAAACUAUGAAUACACCUUUGAACGUUGAAUGACAACGCGACUCUUGGUCAAAGACAUGCCUAUUGUUAUGCAUUGCACGGCUAGGACUCUCUCCAACUCAAGCUACUGUUUAGCCCAAAUGCAUCAUACCUCAAUAGUAUAACUUGUACUCAUUUAUUUGCAUGUCCCAAUACACUGAGAACCGUAAAACGCAAACAAAAUCCGGGGAUCUCCCCCUCUAUUGACCCUUAUGCACUGUGCAUUCUGCCAGUACCCUUUAUUUGCUAUACUUAGAUUUGUUUAAACGCUUAGCCAACCUACUGGAACCCUAGGCAUUUCACCUCUUACUAUGUUAAUACAGCCUUAGAUUCCAUGCCUAGACACUCAGUUUAGCCUACCUACCACGCAUACAUUAAUGAGCAUGUGCCUUGUGAGACAGAUACACUAGCAAAGAAUUAUGCAUGUUAAUAGCCUAGAUCAGUCAUAUGUAUUAACCCCUUGUACCCACAAUGCUGGUUAUUGCGACCUACAUUUACCAAUAACAUGAUCUAAUCAAUACUAAUCUCAAACUUAAACAAAAAAUGUGUGCUGAUAAUCCUAAUGUUCCAAUUGUUUUGCCUGAAAAUGUGCUUGAGGAAUGCUAUUGGGGCACCAAGAGCUUAUUUGUUAUGUUACCCAAAGCACAACAAAAAUAAAGAAUAAAAAAAAAAACAAAAAAACUAUGAAUACACCACAACAUAUAUACAAUAUACUCAUAAGUUAUUUCAUAAAGACAUGAAAAAGAAACUUAUAAAACUUAUACAAAUCAACACAUCCCCCCAGCUUCCUCUCAUAAUAUAAGAGGUAUAAACAUUCCCAUUAGAGGAUUGAAAAACAAAACAGAAAAACUGAAAAUGUAUGCAAUAUAUCAUCAAGCACAGCCCAUAGUUGGUGUUUAAAGCAUAGAUUUUAAAAAAACCUCAACAACUAACUACCAAUUGACAAAGUCUGUCUCUUCGAAUAAAAAUCAUCUAAAUUCCACAGCCUUUAUACAUUUAGAAUGCAGUUUAUUAUAUGUUUUUUUUUUUUUUAAAUAAAUAGUUGUAUUUUAUUACCUUCUCGUUCCUGAGUCUGGUACAAUUUUUAGCUUCUAUACAUUCCAUUGGAUUCUUCUGUAGUAGAUUGUUAGAAUGUUACCCUAAUACACACAUUCUGUUUGUACUCAGAGCCUCGUUAAAACGGCUCUCUUUCAUUUAAGUGGGCUAUACCAUAUUUUAUUCUAGCUUGAUGUUUAAAUCUGCUUCAUUCGAAGUAUAACAUUGGUUUGUGCACAUUAAAUGACCUCUUCACAUUGAUCGGACGUUUUCACUUUAUUAUUGUUAGUGUGAUAUCAAAGAGGAAGCUCAAACUGUCAAACACUCAAACAGUCUUCUUAUUGUAUAAACUAGCAUAAUUAAUAUGUAAUACGUGCAUAACAGCACAUCACUUUCUGGGUUACUCACUAACGUGAAAAUGUAUAGUGAAUUUUAACACAAUUUCAAAUCAAAAAAGCUGAACUAAAAAAAAAAAUGUCGGGGGCGGAGCCAAGCCACUGACCUGAGCGGACGCAUUAGCACUGUCCUCUGGGCCAAAACCGCUAAAAAAGGGGAUAAAAAACACUUUUUUUUUCAAGCCUCCUACCCGAAUCCCCACAGACCCCGACAACUAUGGGCAGGAAAACAAAGAAACUGAGAUCCGACAGACCCAAACCGGGUAUGAAUAUCGGCGAUCUCCUCCGCCAAGCACAUGGUGCGUGUGGGCUCAAGAUGGCCGUGGUCCUGGAUGAUUUUUCAGAAAACUCGGAAGAACUGUCGCUGUAUGAAGAAGAAGAUGGCCACAUGUUGGCACUACAACACUCACCUAAGCAGAGUCGGCUCUAUAAUUAGGCGAUUUAGGCGGCCGCCUAAGGCCUCGCACAGUCAGGGGCCUCGCGGCCGCCUAAAUCGCCUGAGGGCAGACUGACAUGUCGGGUUCUCGGUCUCUGACCGAGGACCCGACACAGGAGGGGGCACGGCGGCUUGCCCUUUGUGCCGCUGGGUGCCAGGCCCCUCCUGUCAGUCCGCCCGGGGAGAGAGCCGGCCUCAGUCUGCAGCUCCGCCGGGUGUGAGCUGCAGACUGAUGUCUCGCAAUCUCCAGCCAAUCAGAGCGUUGCCGCGGGUUACCACGGCAACGCUCUGAAUGGAGAUCGUGAGACAUUCCCCAUGUGGUCUGCAGCUCUGCAUCCGGCGGAGCUGCAGACCGGAAAGCCCACUGGACCACCAGGGACAGAAUAACCCCACUGGACCACCAGGGAAAAAGGUAAAUUUUGACCCCACCUCACCCUGCACCCCACCUGUCACCCCCCUCACCCUGUCACCCCCUCUCACCCUGCACCCCACCUGUCACCCAUCCUCACCCAGCCACCUCACACUGUCAACACCCUGUCACCCCCCCUCACCCUGUUACCCCCCUCACCCUGCCACCUCACCCUGCACCCCACCUGUUACCCCCCCUCCUGCCACCUCACCCCCCUCACCCUGUUUACCCCACCUCACCUGUCACCCCUCACCUUUGCACCCACCUGUCACCCCCUCACUCCCUGCCACCUCACUGUCACCCCAUGUCCGGCACCCUGUCACCCCCUCUCACCCUGCCACCUCACCCUGCACCCCAUGUUACCCCCCCCUCCCACCCUGUCACCACCCCUCACUGCCACCUCACCCCUGCACCCCAUAAUGCCCCCCUCCCCUGCCACCCCAUCUGUCUUUAUGUCAACACCUGUCACCCCCCCUCACCCCGUGACCCCCUCACCUGCUACCUCACACUGUUACACCCCUAAUGUCAACACCCUGUCACCCCCUCACCCUGCUCACAUUGUCACCCCUGUCAACACCCCCUGUCACCCCCUCACCCUGUCACCCCCCCCCUCACCCUGCUGCCUCACACUGUACCCCUGUCACUCACUGUCACCCCCCCCCUCACCCUGUCACCCCCCUGCCCUGCCUCACACUGUCACCCCUGUCAACACCCUGUCACCCCCCCCUCACCUGGGGUUUGUCACCCCUCACCCACCUCACACUGUCACCCACCUGUCACCCCCUGUCAGCACCCUGUCACCCCCCCCCCCUCACUGUCACCCCCCCUCACCCUGCCACUUCACUGUCAGCACCCUGUCACCCCCCUCACCCUGCCACUUCACACUGUCACCCCAUCUGUCACCCCCCUCAACCUGCCACCCCAUCUGUCACCAUCAUCUCACCCUGCCACCCCACCUGUCACUCCCCUGUCUUAUACACACAAGUCAACUGCUGUUUUUUUCCAAUAAUGGUGAGUGGGGGCCUCAUGUAUGAGUUUCAGCCUAAGGCCUCGCCAAGUCUAGAGCCACCACUGCACCUAAGCCCAAGACAGUGACUUCUAAACCAGUGACAGCUGAAAUGAUACAGGACAUGCUAAGUGCCCUCCAGAGAACCUUGCAGGCAGAUGUAGCCCAGCUGCACACCGACAUCACAGGCCUGGUGAGCCGCAUUGACACAGUAGAAAUGGCCUUGGCGCAGCACACCCAAACCAUAGCUCAACUACAGUGGGACAUCGAGGCACUCACUAAAAAGCAAGCUGCCUCUGACAUGCACUUCGCCCAGCUAAAAGACACACGACAUCGCAUCAACCUGAAAAUCCGGGGGAUACCGGAGGAGGUACCCGCGGCAGAGCUCCCACAUCUACUUCGGAGACUACUGGCAGACUUACUAGAGCCCAAGACCUCCAGGGCUAUACACAAGGAGAGCGCCUUCCGGGUACCGAAACCGAGAGGAGCGCCCAACACGGCAUCUCGUGACCUAAUUGUGAGGUUUUGCAGCGGAGCUGACAAAGCACUAGUCCAGGCGGCCCUGAAGGGGACUACCACCCUUAAUUUCGAGAACAUGGCUCUAUCCUUUUUUGCUGACCUAUCAGGUGAAACACUGCACUGGCGCAAGACGAUGAAACCCCUCAUGGCCGUGCUGCGCACCCAUGGCGUGGAAUACCGCUGGAGAUCCCCACGCGCACUUCAAGUAAGGCCAGGAAAAGAGACACAUAGAGCCACAGACAUCUCGGAAGCCCCCACGCUCCUUGUAAAACUUUGGCUACCAGGGGACACCCUCCACCGACCUGGCGACCAACCGACGACAUCGGCGACACACCAAUGGGACAUAGCAAAGAUCAAGCCAUUCACCCCGAUGGGAGCCAAACCGAUAGCAGCUGCCAACAGCGGACAGUAAAAGAUCGGCACCUCUAGCCCUAAAAACCUGGGACUUACCCAAUCAGUGCCUCACAACUGAUUGGACUCAGACUUGCUCUAGUAGCAUCAGUGCCAAAAAGUAAAUCUCGAUGGAUAAAAUAUGCGUGCUGUUGUGGAACAUUACACAUGCUUGUUAUUUUCUUGCACAGGAAAAAUAAAGAACUAAAAAAAAAAAUGUCUAAGUUAAUUAUUCUUUCAAUUUAGCUAUAAAUUUAGUAAAUAACUUUUUUUCUUCUUCUGUAAUUAGAAUCAAAAACUGGAAAAUGUGUUUAAUAUAGAAUUUGCCUUAUUUUAGAAGACUUAGGGACAACAUUACCUGAUGCGCUUAUAGGCAUUAACUCUAUAUUUUCUCGAGUCAAACGCAUUUCUCUUUGUCUCCUCUAUAUUAACACAUACAAAUAUGAGGCUAUAUUUAAAGUAUACAGAUGUUAACAACUGUAUUUUUAUUGAUGCCAACUUUUGUUGGUUCCAUAUCUGCAUUUAUUAUUGAUAUUUGAUUUGGAAAGUAUACCUCCUUAAUUACUUGUGGUAACAACCACACCCAAUAAAUAUCUCACCGUAUUUUUUACCCGCAUUUGUUUUUCACUGUAAAUCUCACCCCAGUUUCCUUUCCCUAUCUUUUCUCUUUCACCUUUUGUGUAAUCUAGCGUGUUCUGAAAUAAAACAUUAAGAGCUUCCUUAUGAGAAAGACCCCCUCCCUCCGAAGCAUUUUUUUGUGGUUUACGGUUUUAACUUACUUUAAACUAUGGUCCUGGAGAGACUACGCCUAGUUGUUAAAAUACCAGAACAAUGCAUACAUGAUUAACGUUCUCAAGAUAAUUUUUUUUUUUAUCAGUAACCUGAAAAGUUUGUAGCAAAUUAUGGAUUCAAUCCAAUAUUGUUCGUUAAGCUUUAUAAAUUAUUUAAUAUUUUUGGAUAACUUUUUUAAACUAUUAUUUUAAAAUAUAUUAAUAUAUAAAAAUAUAUAUAUAUAUCAUAUAUUAAAAAAUAUGUAUCCUAAAUAAAAAUAAAACAUUUUAAUGUUUUUCAUAAUGUUAAAUAAUUUUAAAGGUUUAUCCAAAAUAUUAUUAAAUCAUUUUAAAAAGCUUAUUAGACAAUACUAAAUCCCAGCCUAUGUAUGUUUCUAAAACAAAAUACACAUUUUUAAAUAAAAAUAGUGUUUUUUCAUUCCCUUUAUAGUAUAUUAAGUAGUAUAUUGCUGUCUAACAGUAUUUAACUAAGCAUACUCACGUGCAUUGAUCACUAGCAUAUAGGCCAUUGCUUUUAUUUCAUAUUAAGUGAUAAGAUAUUAAUAAAUAUUAAGAUAUUAAAGGAGUACUAUAGGGUCAGGAAUACAAAUGUGUUUUCCUGACCCUAGAGUGUUAAAAACACUAUAUAGGUGGCCAGCUCCCUUUGCCCCCUUAAAGAGGAUGAAAACUUACCCUUAUUACUGGCCCUGCCCCCGAUUUGCCUCCUUAACUGAUAUCAUCAGAAUUGCAUUAGGAAAGCAUGAGAUUGUCAAUUCUGAUUAUCCCAGCCAAGGAGAUGGGGUGAGGGUGGGCAGAGCCAAACACAGUGAUGACCAAGCAGCAUCUCCUAUUAGAGUUGCAUUUAAUCAAUGCAUCUUCAUAUGAAAAAUUCAGCAUACUAGAGGUGUCAAUAGGCAGCAAUGUAAAAAAGCCUACAGACUAUAUUCACCAGAACAACUACAUUAAGUUGUAGUUGUUUUUGUGACUAUAGUGUCCCUUUAAAGGUACACUAUAGUCACCCAGACCGCUUCAGCUCAUUGAAGUGGACUGGGUGCAUAGUCCCAGGUCCCUUAACCCUGCAAAGGUAAUUAUUGCAGUUUUUAAUGAACUGCAAUACUUACUUUUGAGGGUUUACUCCACCUCUAGUGGCUGUCUACCAGACAGCCACUAGAGGGACUUCAGAGUCAUUAGGCGAGGGACAUCGGCGCUGGAAUGAGGUAACAGAAGGUAAUUUUAACUCCUUCUGCAUCACUGUGGGGGUGGUUGAGGGAGGGGGUGGACCCACCAGUAAUGUCAUGUGUACUUUGAAACUGUGUAUAGUGAGUUUAGUAUAUUUUACUUUGGUUUUACUGGAGAUGUGACUAAGACAGAGGUUACACACUUCUAGUUAUACCAAAUCAUACCAGCAAUGGGUGCUUCUAUGGACUCAAAGUGGUCAGCUGACACUCCUAGGCAAUCACAGAACUCCAGACAAUAUUAUGAUGGUUUAGGCACUCUAGGUAAAUCCAAAGUGAGCAGAUUUAUUGGAGCAGAUGAAAAGCAACGUUUAAGCCCACAAUAGGGCCUUUGUCAAGCUGUGGGACGAAACUCUGCUUUCAUGCUCCAAUAAACCUACUCACUUUGGAUUUAUCUUGAGUGCCUGGGCCAUCAUUUAUUUUCUGCAAAUUAUAUUGUGAGGAUUGGCCAACUCUGGGCCGGUUACAACCUGAGAUCCAGGCGAAUGCGGGAUCCUUUAUGGUAAUUAUAUCCCGAGAAUAUUAUGACUUUAACAAAAUGAAGCACUUGCAGUAUCUACAGUGUCAGGAAAAUGCCAAUAGAUAUAGGAUUUAGGAUUCUCGGGCUUUGUACUCACCAUACUGUAAACAUCAACUGCCAUCAAUGUGAGUUUAGCAGAAAAUGAUGUUAGUUGAACUCCACCGCAUCUCAGCUGAUCUGAUCCCUAGAGGCCUAAGGGAGUUAGGAUUAAGAUUACAGAGAGGUGGUUUAGCCUUCAGACUGCUGUGUAUUGCAAAUAUUAUCAUGCCCAGCCGUGAUGAAUCUUAGCAACACAGUAACACCAGCUCUCAGAAUGUAGCAUUUGAGAAAUAUAUAUAUAUAUAUAUACGACUAAUCAAAUAUAUAUAUAUAUAUAUAUAUAUAUAUAUAUUAUCAAAAAUUAUGGCUGCACUCCUCUGGCUUCGUUUAAAAUCCAAAUAGUUUAUUGGGUAUACAUUAAAAUCGAGAUCAACGUUUCAACCCCACUCUGGGCUUUCCUUAGGAUCAGAAAAUACAUACAUGUGUAAUGUAACACAUGUAUGUAUUUUCUGAUCCUGAGGAAAGCCCAGAGUGGGGAUGAAACGUUGAUCUAGAUUUUAAUGUAUACCCAAUAAACUAUUUGGAUUUUAAACGAAGCCCAAGUAGUGCAGCCAUCAUUUUGGAUAUUCUAUGUGAAAUUAGCCUGCUGACUUCUGCACCCGGCAUUAUCUAAGAAAGCGUGAGUGCAAGGAAACUUCUGUCUUUUAUAUAUAUAUAUAUAUAUUUAUAAAUUAUCUGAUCAUUGGCCUAGUGUGUCUACAGUAAAGAAGACUAAGUUCAUACUUAGCUGAUAAGUUAAUUGUCUCCAGGGUGCUUUCAGACAAUGCAUUGCUGCACCUGUCUGAGGUUAUGAGUAGCUUCGAAUCUGCGGUUUCCUCUCCUUUCACUGCAGGUGACUACGGAUGUGGUUAAGGGUGGAAGUCAUAAUAUGCUGCUUUUAAUAUAGUGCACAUGCUACACUCUGAAUGAAGAUGAUUUUGAUCUCCAGUUGCAGAAAUAAAAGAUCCAAGAGUACAUCAAUUCACUUUAAUUAACAUGAUGGCCUUUAUAUGUGUCAAAGCUUCUAUUACACAAUGAUGUACACACGGCAGAGAACGGAACUGUGCAACCAGCCGAGGCAUCCGAUGACACACAUAUGGAAUUUUUAUCUUUUUUUAAUAAAUAAUUUCUAUUUAAGUCCCCCAAGUUCAGCUGUUUACUUAUCUGUACUGAGUGAAUAUACGCUCAAUCAGCUAUUGUAGGAUGAUGCAUUAUUUCUCUGUUUGUUCAGAGAGUUAUAGAACAUGGAAAACUGAAACGUUCAGUUUUCUCAGCCCCCAUCAUGGAAUGUUCUGCUUACUCCCAUUUAACCAUCCUGCUGGCCAAAUCACAACGGUACCUACUGAUAGACUGCUCUUCAGAGUGCAAUCAGCGUAUACCCACUCCCACAAGCAUUAUUCAGUGUUUUGGUGUUGGAGAAUACUCUGAUAUGGCAUCAUUGCUCAUGUACAUGCAUAUGCACAGAGCCAGAUUAAGGUUGCCCAUUGCCUUAGUCAGGUUGCCAAACAAGAGUCCUCACCUAGACCCUGGGUCUGUUUCUGUGAGUGCUGUGUGUCUGUUUGUGUGAGAGUGUGUGUAGAGACUGAGUGUUGUCUGUGUGGAGGAGGCUAAACAUGUCUGUGUGUCUAGCAUUAUGUACCUGUGUAUGUGCCUGACAGUGUGUGUCCAUUUCUGACUGAGUGUGUCUGUUUGUGUUUUUUCUUUGUUGUGUUUAUUGUCAUGCUUUGUUCCAAGUGUGGGAGGUGACUGUGUAUAAUGAUUGCUACUUUCAGGGAUUUGACUGUGGCAUGGCAGAGGUGAGGGGUAGGUGAGUGGGGUAGGUGAGUGGGAAAAGGUAGGUGAGUGUGACACUCUAUAGGCAUUUAAAUCUUUCAAGAUGAACAGUUAUGAGUUGGGGCUUCUUUAAUAGCUAAAAAUAUAAUUUAACCCAUAUCGUGCAGUAAUUUAAAUCUGGCUUAUGUUUGCAAAAUAUAUUCUAAAAUAAAUUUUUUUUAAAUAGAUUAUUAAAAUGUUUUUUUAUAUUUCUUUUUUUCUCUUUUUUAGCAGUGUGUGGGGGAGUACACAACCCCGGCAGAUGAUGAGGCCGACAAUUUUACCAUUGAUUACUACGGGUUUGAAGAACAAUGUAAAAAAAAGGAAGUUCGUGAAUUCCGCUCCAUAUUUCUUCCUGUCAUGUUCGUUAUGAUCUUCUUGGUGGGACUUGCAGGGAAUGGACUGGUGAUGCUCAGAUACUUCUACUUUAAACGACUCAAGACUGGAACAGACUAUUACAUGAUGAACCUUGCUAUAGCAGACAUGCUAUUCCUCCUAACACUGCCUUUCUGGGCUUUCAGCGUAGCCUCAGAUUGGGCAUUCGGAAACAAGAUGUGCAAAAUCAUCUACUGUCUGUACAAAAUGAGCUUCUUUAGUGGCAUGUUCCUGUUGAUGUGUGUGAGCUUUGAAAGAUACUUUGCCAUUGUUCAUUCACCCUCUGCUCAUCGUCACAGAACCAAGACCGUGUUGAUAAGUAAGCUAUCUUGCGUUGGCAUUUGGGUAGUAGCCUUUAUCCUUUCCAUUCCUGAGUUGAUCUACAGUGGAAUAAAAGCGAGAAAUAAUUUAACAAAGUGUGUAAUAUUAUCCGAAGAAAUCAAUAGCCUUACUAUACAGUUGAAAAUAGCUCAGAUGUUCUUUGGCUUUAUUUUGCCUCUGUUUAUCAUGUCCUUUUGCUACUCUAUGAUAAUCAAUAGGCUGCUCCAGGCUCGUAACUUUGAGAAAUACAAAGCCAUCAAAGUCAUCAUUGCCAUCGUCAUUGUUUUUGUAGUCUUUCAGCUACCUUAUAAUAGCGUAAUAGUUAUAAAAACCAUAAGCAACACCACCGACUGCAAAUUAAGCAAGCAGCUGGAUAUUGCCGAUGACGUUACAUACACCUUGGCCUGCUUCCGCUGCUGUCUGAACCCUUUUCUCUAUGUUAUUAUUGGAAUCAAGUUCAGGAAUGACCUUUGCAAACUCUUCAAGGACAUUGGUUGCAUGAGCCAAGAGAAGCUCAGUGAAUGGUCAACAGCAGUAAAACCAAGCAAGAGAACUUCCUUUGCACUGGAAACAACUGAGACAUCGACUACAUAUUCUCCAUGAAAACAAAACUCAGCAAUAUCAACAUAUUCCUUAUUCCUCACUGCUUUUGUGAUAUGAAUAAUGCUGACAGAGAAAAAUCUAGGCAAAAAUAAACAAUGGAUUUUAUCAAAGCUCUUUUGCUUUUUGGAACGUUUAAAUAAAAUGGAGAGAAUGAUUACAUGUCAUACAUUUCAGGUUUCAACUUUUAAACCAUGCAUAUUGAAGGAAACAUGUUUUGAGAAGUCAAGAAACCCUAUGGCAUUGUCAUCAUUAGUAUUAUAUGAUCGCCAACGCACCUAAGCGUCACGAUUCAAAACAGAAAGCCUGGACUGUAUCUAAUGGACGAAAUGCAAAUUACUUUUACGUUUUCAUUGUGUUCGAGAAGCUCUUAAAACCUUUAAACUCUGAUUGAGUUGUGUCCGGGUCAAGUGAGAAUCCUGCUUAUCCACCAGAGAAUGAACCCAGAUGUUGUGGGGAAUGAAAGAUUUACGAUUUUCAACUAAGAGUGUAAUCUAGUUACAUGUUUUGAAAUAUGAACCAUGCAAGGGAAAUGUACAGAUUUCAAAGUGGUUUGCAAUUCCCCUUUGUAAAGAAACACACUUAUGCAUGACCUGUGUUACUCAGGCAGUGCUCCAGAUUAUUUAAGAGUUACUAGCUAACAAAAAAAAUAUGGCUAUGGGAUAAGGUUCUAUAAAGUAAAAAAUGUUUUAAAAAAGCCCAACUGUGUUAUGUUUUUAUCAAGGUUCAACAUUAUUUCCACUUGCCACCAGAGUAGGGUUACCCUUUAGGCAAACAUAGAUGGCCAUCUAGGGGUUAGACAGGUGCCAUAUAACCACAAAUUUGUUUGUCCCCAUUAACCAUCCCUAUGUGAAGAGUUUAAGAGAGGGAUGCAAACUAAUGACCUGCUUGGGCCCUGUGGGAUCUUAACCCUUGUCUGCUCACGAUUAGCCAUUGACAAGUGAAAGAUUUGCCAUAGUGAGUAUGAAUUCAUCCAUGAUGAGUGUGGCAUAGAUUCUACAGGCGUGCAGUGGUGAUAAACCUUUAAAGCCUGCCUAGUAUUGUAGGGCAUGAUAUUUUAGUUUUGACUUCCAAAUAUGCCGUGCCAAUGUUGCCAACGCACAUUUCCAAACAGCUUGCUUUUGGAAUACAGUAUGUGCUAUCUCUGUGUCAUUAUCCAAUUAUGUUCACGAAGUUUUAUGUUCUAUAACUCACCAUAGAUGUGUUUUUUCUAUAGUUGUUAAGGUAGGAUGGAAAUUAAAGGUCCUGUAACGGACCGUUUUGCCCAAAAGAGGUUAAAAACCGUUUAGGCGAUAUUCCCCUUUUUCAGCUGCACCGACAGCUACUGCAAGCACCAAUCUCCUGAACUGCAAACCUACGAAUUCACCAACUCCCGAACUGCAACCAAGGGAAUACUCGAAACUCCCGAACUGGAUACACACGAACAGCUGCUAGCAGACAAACAGGAAAAGCCCCCAAGCGGCUUACACUCCUGGCAAUCAGUCUCUAACAGCAUACAGUAAAUCCUCCCCCAAUAAUGAGACAACACUUCACUUUGAGGGUUAAGCAGGAACUCAUUUACUGGGGCUAACUGCCCGGCUUUUAUGCAGGUCUCCCUGCAUAAAAUGGGAGACUGGGACACAAAGGGUAAAAGGACCAAUCACAGACUUACACAUUUCAACCAUCCCACAAUGCAUCACAAUCCCUCCUCUCUGCCCUGGAGAUAAUUUGGGAAGUAAUUCAAUUAUCUCCAAAGACAGAGGCAAAACUCCAUUAACCACAUGGCAGAAAACAAACAGUAAAAGACAUAAAAUUACCUACAGUUACAUUCAGUACAUAAAACAUAUAUGUUCUACAUAUCCCCAGAUAGCUCAGGUCUGAGCGCACAUUUUUAAGCGAAUGGCGCUCAGACCACACAAAUACAGUUUAAUCGCCAUGGAGCCAAAGUCUUUACACAGUCAGUUUCAUGCGAAUGGGCUCCAUGGGAUUCCUAUCUGGGGCACAACACACUCAAACAAAUCUACCGAACACCCGGCAGAAAAGCACGAACAAGUCUUUUCUGCAGGGAAAAAAGAUGUCUUUUAACAUGGGGCCAUAGUCCAAAGGCAGCAGGCGAGCAACCAGGCUUCUCCAGGGUACAGUGGCGAGGUUGGUUUCGCCACAGGUCCACAACAAUAUUUUUAUUGUUUUGGGAAAAAUGCGACCACAGUUAUGACAGGUCUGAAUGAAGAUACUGAAAAGUCACAAGAAAGAGGAAUCGUAAGGCCAUAAAGUUGUAUGUCUAAAGUUGUUCUUUAAAUUACCUGUACAAAUUGUACCUGUGUAUGCUGGUUCUCUUAUGUCUUUGCACCUUUAUCACUUCUAAACUGUUUGCUAACAUUUUUUUGUAUGUUGUAUUCAUUUUUGUUUUGUUUUGUUUUUUAUAUACAUUUACUGUAAGCUAUUUUCAGAUUAAAUUAGUUAUUUC